GCGAUGUUCCGCGGCCGCCGCGCCUGGUUCUCGCAGAGCGUCAGCCCGGGCCCACGGGAGCUGUGGGCGGCUGGCGGCGGGGCCCUGGCCCACCGGCAGGACGCCGACUACCUCUUCAGCAGCGAUGCCGAUCACCCAGACACCCGCAGGAUACACGAGAGCCUGGAUUACCUGGAGGGCAGAGCUACCGUCUUCCACUCCCGCUACCUCUCCGCGUGGGCGAGCAGCGGCGCCGGAGCAAAGCCCUUGGUGGUUCUGGGCCACUUUGUCCUGCCACCCGCCUGCCUGCAGGAAGAAAUCAGAAGGCAAAUCGGUGGUUUUAUUUGGGAGCAGGAGGAUGAUUCCCUUGCUGACCAGCCCGACGACAGCCUGGCGGGGGAAGUGCAGGCGGAGAGAAAGGGCCGUGAGGAGGAAGAGGAGGAGGAUGUGCUGGACCUGGCUGAAAGCGAAGAAGAAGAAACAGGCUCCAGAGCUCCCACCCAGGGGGAGUUUCCGUACCGCGCCCUCCAGGAAUACCCCCUGAAUAACAUGGUGACAGGCUACGUCUCCGCCCGCGACAUGAGGAAAUACUCCGGGGAGCUCCGCGACUUCAUUCCUGGCACCUCAGGCUACACGGCCUAUUGGAUCCAGAACGGCAUCAGCAUUCACCCCGACGCCAAGACCAGAACCAAGAGGAAAUUGUAAGUAGCGUGCGGCCGUUGACACCAGCAGCUCCCCUUCCAGCCAGCCACCGGGCGCGUCGGGGAGCUCAGUCCCGUGGUGAGACGCCCGGCUGCCUCCGCGCUCGCGCCCUUCCGCACUCAGUGGUUGGUUGAACCGUCAGGUCUGCGUCCUCCCGGGGUUUUGGUUGGUUGAAUAGUGAAGAGAUUGGUGGCAUCGAGCUGCAAACUCUGAGUUAAAUCUCCGUGGUACGCGGGGGAUUUAUGAGUUAUCCCCGCUUGGCAGCUCGGCACGUUCAAUGUGUAUUUAAAUACCUGCCUACACUUACUC